AUUGCACAGUUUUCGCUAUCACCAGAACAAGAAAGAGCAUUCAGAAUUGUGGCCAAUCAUGCUUCUAGUCCACAGAGUGAACAAUUAAAUAUGUAUUUGGGUGGCAUGGCAGGCAUGGGCAGGCCACAAGUUAUAAAAGCACUGAUGGAAUUCUUUAAAGUACGGAAUGAAUCUCACAGAUUCAUAGUUUUAGCUCCAACAGGCUCUGCUGCUGCAAUAGUGGGGGGUUCAACCUAUCAUUCAGCACUUGGUGUUAGUGAUAAGUAUGCUCACAUGAAUAACAGUUCAUCCAGUAAAGCUCAAAUUCAGGCAAGGCUGCAUGGUAUUGAGUAUAUCUUUAUUGAUGAGUUAUUCAUGAUUUCUUGUCAUGAUUUAUACAAAAUAUUCUCCCAGCUAUGU